GGCCCGGGAAGGGACCCGGGGACGGGCCCUCGGCAGUGCCUGGCCCGGGAGCCGUGGAGGUGGAGCGCAGUGAUGCGGUUUGGUGGGAAGAGGUUUGGUGGGAGAACAGCGGGAGCAGUGCCAGCCUUCAGAACGGGAAGGGAGGGGAACGGGCACGGGAACGGGAACGCGUCCUCCCUCCUGACAGGACGUUGGUAAGUGUGCGGCUUUGGAACGCGCUUUCUAGGUGAAAACAACGAAGGCUCAGUAGGAUCCAUUGAUGCAAUUGGCAAACAUCAGUUGAGCUACUUUGCUCUCAGGUUCUUUUCCAUCAUCUUCCAUUACAGUUUUGGUCAAUUCCAGCCUCUGCAGAUCAGGAGCUUGAGGGUGGCCUCCCUGAUUCUCCUCAGACUUGCCUGUUGUCCUGGGAACCCAUAGGCUGCUGGCCCCUUUGGUCCCUUAAGGUUGGUCACCUCCUCUGGAGGGAUUUAGAACAAUGUCCUACGUUUUUGUAAAUGACUCCUCCCAGACAAAUGUGCCGCUGCUGCAGGCUUGUAUUGAUGGAGACUUUAACUAUUCCAAACGACUGCUAGAGAGCGGUUUCGACCCAAAUAUUCGUGACAGCCGAGGCCGAACUGGCCUUCACCUUGCUGCAGCCAGAGGAAAUGUAGACAUCUGUCAGCUCCUGCACAAAUUUGGUGCUGACCUACUAGCCACUGAUUACCAAGGUAACACAGCUCUUCACCUGUGUGGGCAUGUCGAUACCAUCCAGUUCCUAGUUUCUAAUGGACUUAAAAUUGAUAUUUGCAACCAUCAAGGUGCAACACCACUUGUUCUUGCCAAACGAAGGGGUGUGAAUAAAGAUGUGAUUAGACUGCUGGAAUCCCUAGAGGAGCAAGAGGUGAAAGGUUUUAACAGAGGAGCUCAUUCAAAGCUGGAAACAAUGCAGACUGCUGAAAGUGAAAGUGCAAUGGAGAGCCAUUCCCUCCUUAAUCCAAACCUGCAGCAAGGUGAAGGAGUUCUUUCCAGUUUCCGCACAACGUGGCAAGAGUUUGUGGAAGACCUGGGCUUCUGGAGGGUGCUUCUCCUCAUCAUUGUCAUUGCUCUUCUGUCGCUUGGAAUAGCCUACUAUGUUAGUGGGGUGCUUCCUUUUGUAGAGAACCAGCCUGAACUGGUGCACUGAAGCAAAUGCAAAAAAGUGCACUGUGCUUUCCCCCGUUCUAAUCUUAUUUUGAGCUUCUUGGAAUUAUUCUCCUGGUGCAGACAGUGGCAGCUGUAUAUACUGUUUGCCUUUUGUACUUACUAUUAACCCCUUUGAAACAGGGAUUAAUUAAUUCGAAAUAAAACACUAAAUUCUAAAGCAUUCCUAAGCUACCUCUGACUUACCUUGACUUGCAAGCAGCAUGUAAAGAUAACCCUCUCUGAUAAAAUAUUAUGUUUAGAAAAGACCUUUCAUAAUGAAUGUUAAAUUCCUGGGUAUCAAAAAUAUAUCCUAGUACAGAACAAAAUUUGUUCUAUUUUCCCUAUAAAGAGAGGUAAAUCUAUUGUCAGAUUUUUCUUGUAUGUGCUUCAGUUGAAGCACAUAGAAAGAAGAUACUCUUAGGAGAAAUUUUUCUUAGAAGAAAAAUACUCUUUUAAAGGUCCUCCUCAAGAAAUCUCAAUAAUGUAAUAACACAUUCUGAUAUAUAGAUAAUAAUAAGCUGCAACUCCAUAGUUAUUUUAAUGCCUCUCCAUAGUUUUGUAUCUGCUAGUUUAUAAAAAGAAUGAGAAAUAGUUCAAGUUUUACUAUGUCUUUAAUGUAUAGAUCACUCUUUUACUUAUUAGAUCAAUGUAGUGCAUCUUCCCCAGAUGAAUUUAAUGUUGUUAAUACCUGCCUGAAAUAAUUCUGUAGAACAAAGAUGUUUGUUGUGCUUUGGAAGUAAAGUUGUUUCAGCCGUGGGCUCAAAAUUUUGCAGUUUUGUUAAAAUGUUACUAAGCAAACCUUUCUUUGUAAGGGUGAUUAAAAAGUAAUUUGGGUGUU